GUCGUCUGAAGUUCAGUAGCGGCCACUACAGCGCAGCGAAACCGCCCUAUAAGGCCCUCAUUCACUGCACUCAUCAGUUCAAUCACACUUUAUACGCUAUCUAAUACCCGUCUAUUGGGGACUGUCUCCUUUACACGAGAAAUCCCGCUACCUGUCCGCCUCUGAAGGCCACUCACCCACCUCAACUGCCAGUUGUCCUAGGACAGCGCAACCGACAGAGAGCUAGCCUAUUGAAGGCACUUACAUCCUUCUUCAUAUCUUUUUCUGUCUCAGAAUUUCGAUGGAGGGUGUGUUGCCACAGAGGGCGUCGCUAGUGGCAGAGCGCAUAGGCCAACUCAAUGAAAUUCGCCGUCGCCGUGAUAAAUUUCUCUCCGAAAUGUAUAUUCUAUCGAGAAGGCAAGGCCUGGAAGGAGAAGUACUCGAUACCAACAUCAACCGGGACGAGCUAAAGUCCUUCUUGCAGGCGCAAGACAUGAGGAAACAACCAGGCAUGGAAAACGUGGCACCUCUGUUGGAGGCUGUUUCCGAACCAGGAUCCCCUUUCCGUUACCCUUCAGUUUCCGGCACAGGUAGCCCUUCUCCCGGCCCUUCUCGCACACUGUCCCCGUCAGCUCAACCGACGGUCGAGCGACCUUCACCUUUCGCACAGCAUGCGCAGAUUCAGGGUCUACGAGUCUCAGAACCCGUCGCAGAGCGCAUGGACAUAGAUGAGGAACUAAUACCUAUCAUUGAAGAACCUCCUCUCGCUGCUGCAGAGCGGGCUGUAUCUGAAGAUGUCAUACACGUCGGUGGUCCACCAGAACGUCCUUCUGAGCAGCCGCAAGAACUAUUUCCUGGUCCUCGAAUGUACCAGCCUUCACGCGAAGAAAUGUAUAAAGCGCACCCUGUAGCAGCACGCAUCUCACCCGGCAGUAUGACAGAGCUCAGACGUGAAGAUUUGGUGGCUGCCGCACAUCCAGCUACCAUUGUCUCGGAUUUGGUAGCUAUGCAAGGCGUCGAGGAGGAGAAACCUUACGGCGCGAUUGCAAUUGAACGGCCUAUGCAACGAGAAAUGAGUGAAGAUGAUGUAUCUGCGCUGUUGCAAUCAUCGUCUUUCUCAGAACCUCCUUUGCCAAUAACCAGGACCGAGUCGAUGCAAGCGCGAUACCUUCUCUCCGAACCUCCUUCGUCCACGUUAUUUGCGCGGCCAGCAUUUGCUUUUGAUGAGAACAUGAUUGGUACUGUGCCCUCAGUAGAGGAGCAGCCGGAAGCCACGAACGUCGGCUCCACUGUGGAGGCACUCAAUGCGCAGUAUACUCUCCCUCCCUUCAGCAUGCUUCCUGCUGAGUUCCAGCGGAAGAACAAGCCCUCUCGUCAACGAAAACGUGAUCGAGAAAAAGAGAAGGGCGACGGCAAAGCACAGCCGGAAUGGACACCUUUGGGACUCAAUAGAUGGGGCGCAACUAUACGCGCUAAUCCCGUGUCUACGAAGGUCGCUAGAGCUAACAAGUGUCUCAUGACGAAGGACUGGAAUGUGGCUAUCACUGAAGUGCGAAUCAUCCGUACUCUGGAUAGAGUUGAAAAACUCAAAGAUGCCGGUCGAUGGAGUUUUCGUCAACCCAAGAAGCAGCGUGGUGUUGGCGGUUUAAUGAAGACUCAUCGUGAUUAUCUGUUGGAGGAGAUGAAAUGGAUGCGCACUGAUUUCCGUGAGGAGCGACGAUGGAAACUUGCGCUGGCUUACAACCUCGCUCAUGCUGUUAUGGAAUGGCACGAGGCGGGAUCUUUGGAAGAACGUGUUCGUCGACAUAUCUGCGUACUUUGGAAGCGACCACGUCCGGAUGAGUUAGAAGAAGAGGACUCGAUUGAGAAACCUCUUGAUAUCUUUGAGAAUGUGAUCGGCGACGAGGACGGAGCUGAUGACUCAAAGGGGCAUUCAACACCUGCAAACGACUUUGGCUCUGACGACGAUAGUGAUGAUGAACAGGACAAAGACCAUCAAGACGUUCUUGAUCCUACUACGACCUUAGAGGAUGCACUAAAUCAGGACGAAGCUGUUUCUGAGUUGGGUCAAAUUGCUGAGAUCCCGAGUCUACAAGAUGUGCAGCCGAAGGUCGAGGAUGUCGAGGACCUCACCGCUCUGCGGGAUGAGAUGGAUAUUUCUAACGCUAUGGACGUGGACCCUGCGGACCCUCAAGAGGAAAUCAAGAAGGAGCCCGCAGAAGCUCAGAAGGCCAUAGCCCCCCAGAUAGACAAUCCUGCAGGCGCGCCCGGCCUCAAACCGACGUCUCAGAAUCCGCUUCUUACCAGUCACGCCCGACAUACACAUACGAGCAAAGCACCGCACUCGAAGUCAAAGUCAAAGCCCAGCGUGUACGCUCCUCUUCGGGAAGAGAUCGUCUAUUCGGACGUAGACAAGCUAUUCGUCGAUUUAGAUGAUUUCGAGCUUGUGAAGAGCAUGUCUGAGUUAUCCACAGAGGAUCUUUCUCUUUCCGCAUCUUUGCCUCCUCCCGACCUUUCUUCCAUCUUCCCAGAUUUGCAGCCAUACGGCCUUCUAGAUGUCGCACCAGCGACCGGCAGCGAAGGCAAACGAAAAUCGGAUCGAAGAGGGGACAAGGAUGAUCCUAAUAAGAGGACGGAAGAUACGACGUAUUCAAAACUGGUCCCGACUAAUGAUUUCAUGCUGAGCAAGCCAACCCUACUUGGUCCUUUGGAACCAUCCAGACACUGGUCCGAUGGACAAUGGCAUAAUCUGGACGAAACGGCUGUAGUUGCUGACUUCAGUAGCCCCAGUUCCAGACCGGUUGACGAAAGUGCUCAUUCUACUCUGUUUGAAGUGUCUCCUGGUAUUCCCGGCGCCUCAGUGCCUAUCGGUAAGAAGCGAAUGCCUGCAGAUUUCAUUGCCAUCGCAGAGGCUGCCAGAGGCGGCAGUGCAGCGAAACGGCGCCACCUAGAGCACACUUGGACACCUCAAGAUGACACAGUACUGAAACAACUUGUGGAACGAUAUCCAGGCAAUUGGGUCCUUAUUGCGGACGCAUUCAAUACAGCUAGGGUUACCAUUUCUACUGAGAAACGGAGCUGGAUGGAGUGUCGGGACCGUUAUGUUGCACGCUUCAUGACAGCAGGCGGCGCCGACGAAGAGUCUCGUACAAAUGUUCAAGUAUCCCAAAUUGCAACGCGUGGCACUAAGCGUGCUAGCACUGCCAUGUCUACUCCAGUGACUGGAGGCGGCGUACUUGAUUACAAACGUCGAAGACACACCCUGAUGCACGAGACCAUUCGUAAGGCGGCGAAGAAAAGGGAACAGACUCUGAAAGUGCAAGCCUCGCAGCGGAAACCUCCUGCAAUGCAUGAUACUCAUGGUCAAUAUAACAAAAUGCCCAGGUAUACUCCCCAAGAACUGAGUCGUAUGAAGGCCGAGAGGGAUGCGCGGGAGGCUCACGAAGCAAUGAUGAGGAAGCGUCAACAAGAAAUUGCAGCACAACAUCAGCUAAUGCAGCAGCGAGCUCAGGUUGGUCAGGGCGUGCCAACCAUUCCGAACAGAGCUGCGAACGGCCUUGCUGCACAACAAGCGGUUCCCCAAAUACGUGGUGUCAAUAUCUCUCAGCAGCAGCGGUUAUCAGGCAAUGCGAAUCGUUUAUCUCCUGCAUCGGCUUUGCAAGCUCAAACUCAGGCUCAACGCCUUGCAGUAGCGCAGGCACAAGCCCAAGGACAAGUACCUGUUCAAGUUCCGACAAAUAGUUUAGCUGCUUCUGGGGCCCCCGCUUUGAGCAGUGCGCACCUCGCUGCAUCCUAUAAUGCACGGCCUGCCAGUUCGUCACCAGGUCUUCCUCAACAUUCACCUCCUCAUCUUCCUAACACCAUUCCUCAUGUUGCCUCUCCUCGGCCUCCUUCCGCGCAAGCUCAUUCAGGUUUAUCGGAUGCUCAACAAGCUGCCAUGAAUGCUCUGCCCCGCGCUACGGUACCUCACUAUUAUCCCAAUCUUGGACAGUUCACACCAGAGCAAUUGGAACAAUAUCAGCAGACUCGAAGAUUACAGAGCAUAAUUCUCCAGGCACCAGCAAGCAGCCAUGCAACACCAGAAUCCGCAGAAUGGUCCCUAUCCUCAGUCAUAGUAAUUAAUUCGCUUUCGUCAUCUGUCCAUAUUGCUUUGUAGCUUGGAAUGCAUUCUUCCUCUCCGUUUUAAUUCUGACCAGUCAGAUAGCUGGUUGCGCGUUAACUAUGAACUGUUCCGUUUGAAUUAUGGAGUCGUAUGUGAUGAACGGGAGGGAAUGUAUGGAUUCAGGCCAACUGGCCUCUGACUCAGUGUAAGUGUCGGAGUUCGCCCGGACGCUAUGACGUAGAAGACUCAACUAGAACUG